CCGUACAACCAACCUCAAACUCAACUUUGGUUUUUUCGCUUUUUUCCCCCUUAAUAUAUAUAUUUAUAUAUAUUUCUGAAAGUAGGUGACCGGUUCAUCAGAUAAAAUUUAUUAUAUUUACAUUUUAUAAUUGAUAUCAGAGCGCGCUGGCUGCUAGCUGCAGCAGAUCAUCAUAUCCAACUGAUAACAUGAAGAUUAUUUGAGAACUGGAUUGCUUAUAGUGCCACCAAUUUUGAACACAUGGAGACGUUAAAUAACGACCUUUUCUAUGAUAUAUUACGACGUCUGGAUGGUGCAACGCUAGCUAGCGCCGCGUGUGCUUGUGCAGCAUUUUGUGCUAUCUCAAAAGAAGAAAGAGUAUGGGAAGAUGUUUGUUCUUCAUUGUGGCCCUCAACAAAAAGGGACGAUGUCAAACGUUUGAUAUUAUCUAUUGGCGGCUUUAAAAAGUUCUAUGCCGAUUGCUUUCCUCUUAUUGUAAACAAAGAUGUGCCGGAGUUUAGAUGGAAAGAUUAUCCUGAGUAUUCUGAAGAAUGGGCAGAGGCUGAAUUUUAUGGCGACUAUGAUGAACUAGAAAAUGUUUCGCCAUCUGAUUUUGUGUCGAUAGUGGAUAUAAAAUAUAAAGAAAAGACCAUUUGUUCAAAAGUUAUUUGGGGGAUACCAAAUGCAAAUGUUUACAAUGGUUGGUUUUCUGAUUGUCCUUUUAGAAUUGAUCUUUUCAGCUAUUCGGCUAGAGAUGAUGAUCAUGCGGGUGAAGUUACUCUUUCUGUUUCUGAUGGUCUACCUCCGGUCACCUCCAUUGAACGAGAGCGAAAAGAAGGUAAGCUAUGGCAAGAGCUUCGUGAUGGAAUCAAGCUUAGUUGGAUAAUUGUGAAUUCAAAAGCCAAACAAGCUGCGAAUUUGUCGAGUUGGUGUGCACUAGAUGGUCAAAGACAUUGGCCAACGAACCAAGACUUCCUGUUACAUUUUGGAUCAAUCGUCCCAGCUAAAGACAUUCUUCCUUAUCAGGUAAUUAAAUGCAUCAUCACUAUGAAGUUUCGGGUAACCCAUAUCGAGGGUAGUGGAAGUCACACUUCACUCAACUUGACUGAACUUUGUAUGCAAUUAGGAGACAUGGAAGGUGCCCAUGUCAAUGGACGAAACAGUUUGUUUGUGCUUAAAGAAGCACUAGGCUGCGGUAGGAGCAAGGACUAUAACUUGGUACUCAAGUCUUGUCAGUCGUACUCCAAGGUGCAGAGUGAGAUCAAAGAAGAGAAGAUUCGACACGAGAAUAGGUUAGAUACUCUGUAUAUUGUAGGUGGUAUCACGGCUUUUCUAUGGUUAUGUUAUUACUUUUGUAAAAUGGGAUAGUGACGUUUGCACAUGCUUGCGCAAUGUAAAAUGAAUGUUAUGCAUGAUAAAAGAAUCAAUAGAUAUAGUCCUUGUUUUC